UGUGUGUCUUGGUGUGUGUGUGUCUUGGUGUGUGUGUGUGUCUUGGUGUGUGUGUGCCUUGGUGUGUGUGUGUCUUUGUCUUUUGUGUGUGUCUUGGUGUGUGUGUCUUGGUGUGUGUGUGUCUUGGUGUGUGUGUGUCUGGGCAAAGUCCCAUCAGUGAGCUCCUCCGGCAGGCAAGGCUGCGUUGGCUGGGUCAUGUAGCCCGCAUGCCCAGCCACCGCAUGCCUAAACAGCUUUUGUUCGGCCGGAUCGAGGGGGCUAGACGGGCGCGGCACGGGCUGGAGAAGAGAUGGAGUGAUGUGGUACAGGAGGACGUGGAGCUGAGUGGACUUGCCGAUGACUGGUACCAGCGGUGUCAAGAUCGGCCUCAGUGGAGGAGGCUCGUGAAGGACGCUACUGGGCAGUUGGAGGCAGUCGCCCUCCAACAACAACGGAGGGCGGAGGAGCGACGCUCACAACAACGAGCGGAGCGCCGGGUGGCUAAAGCACAGCAAGUUGGCACAGUAGGGGGCACAGGUGGUGCAUCAGCCAGUCAUCUCGGUCAUCUCGGUCAGUCGACCCGUGGCACCUGGGUCUGCCCCGUGACCUCCUGCCAGCGGGCUUUCGACACUUCACGUGGCCUCAAGAUGAGAUCAUGGAGGCGGAGUGCAGGGAGCUGCGGGCUCGCGACCUGAAGGUGCUCCUGGAGCAAGGGCCUGCCGUGCUCACAGGAGGAAGAGGAAAGGAUGGCUCGCCCAUCAUCACUCUGCCCGAGUGCCCCAGCUUCUGCGAACUCCCCGACGCCGACUUCCAAACCAUCCUCCAGUACCUGACGAGCAUUCCCAAGCUGGACACGGAAGAUGCUGGCUUCAUCCUGGUCAUCGAUCGUCGGCAAGACCGAUGGAGUUCGCUGAAAGUGGUGCUCAUGCGCAUCUCCGAGCUGUUCCCGGCCGGUCUGCGCGAGGUCCACGUGCUGCGUCCGUGUGGCUUCCUGCAGUCGACGUUCUCCAGCUUUGGCCUGAGGUUCAGCAAAGAUGAGUUCAACUUACCUGUGCAGCUCAUGCUGCCCAACUCCCUGGGCGAGCUGCACAUGUCCAUAGACCGGUCGCAGCUCACGCCGGAGCUGGGAGGCACCCUGGUCUACACGCACUCCGAGUGGAUCCAGCUGCGCUCCGACCUGGAGGGAUUCUCGGAGGUGGCGCGCGACGCGGUGCACACCCUGCAGGCGGUGGGCCUGGAGCUGGCCGAGACGGAGCUGCCCAACACCGUGAGGGCCACCGAGGAGCUGCUGGGGGCCCACGGGCGCCAGCGCGACGACGUCAAGGCCCUGCUGGAGUCCGUGCUGGAGCAGGGCCGCCGCCUGCUCAGCAAAAUCGCCGAGCCGACCUCCAGCGACCCCGGCUACCAGCCGAGCCUCGACCGCCUGCAGGGGAUGCGCUCCGUGCAGCGGCUCCUGUCGCGGCUGGGCGAGGCGGACGGUGCCGCCGACAAGUUCUGGGCCAAGCACCACCUGAAGCUGCAGCAGUGCCUUCAGUUCCGCUACUUCGAGCAAGACUUCCGGGAGGUGAUGGGGCAGUUUGAGGAGCUGCAGGAGAGGAACUCCCGGGUGGCAGCAACGGCCGAAAACUCGGCGCAGGCGAAGGCUCUGCUGCAGGAGCUGCAGAGCCUGGACAAAGCGGCGCAGGUGACGGUGAGCCGUGCGGAGCGAGUGGCGAUGACCGGCGAGCGCCUCAUCUCCGAGGCGCACUACGCCGUUGACUCCAUCCAGCCCAAGUGCUCCGAGCUGAGGAAACUCCGCGUGGACUUCUCCGAGGACCUCGCCACCAAGCUCGGCUCCCUCGCCAAGGCGCACUGCAUGUGGGCCAAGCUCGAGAAGGCGCUGCAGUGGUACGAGGACGGCAUGUACCUCCUGGCGUGCCAGCCCGUCGCCAAGUUCCAGUCGCAGGAGGGCGCCGAGGUGUCGCUGCGGGAGAUCGAGGCCUUCAUGGCGAACUGCGAGGAGCACCAGGUGCACUACUCCAAGAGCUUCCACGAGGAGUUUGAGUCCAUCCUCGCGCCCGACAUGGAGCUGUGCGUGCAGAGAGUGUUCGCGAAGCUGGAGAAGGUGGGCGCCAUGAUGGAGGAGCGGCGCAUGAGCCUGUGCAAGCUGACGGCUCGGCACGCCCGCCCCGUGCAGCCCGUCGCCCCGCAGCCCGAGACGGUGCCCGAGCCGCCCGCCCAGCCCGCGACCAACGGCUCCCCGGUGCCCGGCCUUGGCGGUGAACCCAGCACCCCGCGGAGGAGGCACGUCAAGCAGAAGUCGGCACCCAAGAUCGAGGUCGUGUACGAGAACAGCCAGGGAGGCGUCUGCCUGCCGUCCGUCCCCAUGGAGAACGAGGAAAACCUGACGCUCCACAGGAGUCACAUCAUGACGGAGCUCCUGGAGACGGAGAGGGUCUACGUGGAGGAGCUGCAGACAAUACUGGAGGGCUACGCGGACGCCAUGGAGACGGAGGAAAUGGCGGCGCCCGUCCCCGCCGGCGCCAGGGAGAAGAAGGACAUCCUGUUCGGCAACAUGGCCGACAUCUACCACUUCCACAGCAGUGUCUUCCUCAAGGAGCUGGAGGAUUAUACGGAGCGGCCGGAAGAGGUUGGGAGUUGCUACCUGAAGCGGAAGGAAGAUUUCCGCAUCUACGAGAAGUACUGCCAGAACAAGCCGCAGUCCGAGACGCUGUGGAGACAAAUCUCCGACGCGCCAUUCUUCCAGGAAUGUCAGAAGAAGCUCGGCCACAAGCUGGCGCUGGACUCGUACCUCCUGAAGCCCGUGCAGCGCAUCACACGCUACCAGCUGCUGCUCAAGGAGCUCCUGAAGGGCACGAAGGACGUGCAGCACGCCCUGGAGCUGGAGGAGGCCCUGGCCAGCAUGCAGAGCCUCCUCAAGUCCCUCAACGACUCCAUGCACCAGAUUUCCAUCACCGGAUACAAGGGAAACCUCCUGGAACUGGGCAAGCUGCUGAUGCAGGGCUCCUUCAGCGUGUGGACCGACCACAAGAAGGGCGCCAACAAGGUGAAGGACUUCCCGCGCUUCAAGCCCAUGCAGCGGCACGUCUUCCUCUACGAGAAGACGCUGCUCUUCUGCAAGCGGCGCGAGGAGACGACCGAGGGCUACGAGAAGACGCCCUCCUACGGCUACAAGCACUCGCUGCAGAUGAGCUCCGUGGGGAUCACGGAGAACGUGCGAGGGGACAGCCGCAAGUUUGAGAUCUGGUGUUCACGGCGGGAGCAAGUCUACAUCAUCCAGGCCCCGUCCAACGAAGAGAAGUCUGCGUGGGUGAGCGAGAUACGGAAGCUGCUCACCAUGCAGCUGCAGGCCUGCAAAGAAGAAGUCAAGCAAGUUUACUGCACGCCGUCUUCUCCCAUACUCAACCGAGGGACGAGGAAGUCUGAGUUUUCCAAGUUUGAGCUGGGCAGCCCAAAGGCGGCGUUUCGUAUGCAGAGCAUAACCUGUUCGCCCAACAUGCCUCUCAACAACAGAGGGUUUGCCAAGCGGCGGAUGAGCGCCCAAGAGACGGUGAAUCGGAGCGAGGACGAGUGGCCCCUGGGCUACAGACGGUCGCGGCUCAGCUCGCAGGAGCUGAUAGACCGAAGCGAGCAUCCCUGGCUGCAGGCCUGCUCCCCCGGACACCGGCGCUCCCAGGAUCCGUGCGAGCGCUCCGCCGACGGCGGCUGGUCGAGCGGGGAGGAGAUGUUCAACGCGUCGGACGGGGAGACGGAGGACGUCGUGGACGAGCAAGCGAACCCCAUCUGUAAGGUGUCCGACAUCUGCUAGGACGGCCGAUCGUUGAGCCCGGCUCGGUCGCUCGCCGGCUCGGCCUCUCGUGGCCACCGCCCUUCCCUCGCCGCACCGCACCUUCCUCGCACGACGCUGCCACCACGGGUAACAGCGACCGCCGACGACAAAAAGGCCGCGGGCGUUCCCUCCCCAAAACCCACGCGGUUCCCACGCGGCGGACGCGCCGACGACGAGCCGUUUAGUUUUUUUGUCGUCGGGGAAUUCGUCGUUGGAGCGUGCCGCGACUCUCCUGAGAGACGAGCCGUUGAGCCCCGUCGAGCUCAGCUGAGACGGAGGUGGACGCCGUAAAAGAGCCCCCCGCCGCCCCCCCCCCCCUGCACCGUCUUGUCAAGAGAAUGGCUGGGGAGUGCAAGCCGCUUUCCGAUUGACGGAGAGUUUCCGACACGCGGGCGGAUCAGGACCGCACAAAGUCGCACGCCGCAUGAGGUCCUGCGGCCGUGACCUCCAGCGGUUUUUGGCCCCGUCGGCGUUUUGACGGCGCCGGGUUCACGUUCGCGUUCGCCGGAUCGCGAAGAGUGCCGUGGUUUUUGUUUUCUUCUCUUUUUCUUUCUGCCGGACGUUUUGGUGAACACCGCUUGUUGGACUCGCGGACACCGGAGUUUACGUCCAUUCCACUACAAUCAGAGACUGGUGCUCGGAUCCGAUUUAAAAGUGCACUUUCUUUCCCCCCCCGGCUUCCGCGCGCGUGCGCGUGUCCUGCUUGCGUCUCAAGCCUGCUUCGUCGCGCUCGAUGUGCGUCGAGCCUGCAAGGUGGUGCACGGCUAUAAUCCAAUCGAAUCGUCGUCGAGACAAACUCGUGCAGUAAGGUGGAGUUUAUUUAAUCGCCGAAUGAAGAAGAAACAAAAAAUAAUAACAAUGCAUAUUUAUCGGCCCCAAACUGGCCGUUCUGAUGAAAAUGUUCGACACUUUUUGUACCGGUUUUGUACUCUUGUAAACUUUCACCCGUAUUUAUUCUUGCAUUUACGCCAGGUACCCCUUGCAAAAAGAAACCACCCUCCCCCCCGUAUUAGCAGGGCUUGCUUGGACUGGUUUCAACUUCAGUGAGCCUGCUCAGUCAGGUGCCGCCUCGUACACCGAUGCCACGGGGGGGGUGCCCUGAUGAAACUGGCAGGAACAGCAACAGACGAGGGAUGAUUAGUGCCCACACCCACCUUGCUCACUUACCGACUUUAUCGUAACAUUUCGUCCGACGAGCGUAGCGAAUUAAUUCUAGAUUUGAAGCUUUCGUGACUGCAAGGAUUCAUACUCUUAGGUUCUUUCGGUAAAGUCACGUAGGGAAAAAAUAAAUAAUAAAAUAAUAAUAAUAAAAGAUUAAUGAUAUUACUUAUAUUUUAUUAUUUAUUAAUAAUAAUAGAUUAUUUCUAUUAUUAUUUUAUUUAUUUUUUACCUACGUGACUUUACCGAAAAAACCUCAGAGUAGCAAAUUAACUUUCUAACGGCAAAACGGCUGCGUGUUUUAAAAUCUCAAGGAGCACCGCGCUACAGCGAAAAAUGUAAUCGCUUCCGGUCUCUUUCUUCACGGAAAAAUCUAAUCGUUGUCAUCGGCCACGGGACAAUCCGCCGUCGGAUGAGGGCCCCCCUCCCCAAGCCGUCGCCAUCUCUCGCGGCGUCCGGCGGAGUCGCAGCCUCGCCAGGCCCCCUGCGCAAUGAGCCGCAUCUCUGCGGUAGGUGCCGCCUUGAACGUUUGGAACAAAAAAAUUAAAGAGGGCUUUGGCAGGGGCACAUCGCUGGAAGGGAUGAAGUGCGGUGGUCGAGGCUGAACAUUCAAAAUAUAUUUAAACAUAUCGGCCAGGCUUAUUUGCUGCUGCAAAGCCAGUAGGCCCAAAAUACUGGGAACAUCUUUUUUUUGUUUAAUGGAGCUACGGAACAGAAGGUGAUUAAUUUUAAAGUGGCCUGUUUGGUUCCGUGCCGUUGGCUCGUAUCAUUGCGGUCAGUAAGGUCUGUUGCAGAGUUGUUAUUUUUUGUUUGCACGAAACGAGCAUUAUUAAAGCACUGAAAUCAAACGCAAUUUUGACAAAAAAAAAUUAUACGCCCCCAAUUUAUCCUGGUGGGAAAAUGAAUCAAAUUUUAUUUUUAAAGUCAGUAGAGAUUUCCUGUCCAAAUGAGUAUUGAGGCACACUGGUGCUCCAUCUCCCGUUUACAGCCCUGAGCCAGUGGUAGAAAUUCCACAUUCCUAUGACGGGCGGGGAAAAGUCUCUAACCAUCAGACAACCAACCUUUGACUUGCACGCAAGAUGGUACUCGUAUAUCAUGGGGCUGAGCCAAGCCCGCACCAAGGAGUUCUUCCCAUUGCAAGUGGCUCACUCUCCCGCUGAAUUACGUGGCCAGUUAAAAUUAUUAAGACGGAACUUAAAAAAAAAUUACAUGUAUAAAAUUUGUAUCCUGUAAUGACAAGGUUACGCUUGCGCAGGGGAAAAUCUGUCUUUUUUGUCUUCUAUCGGUGCUCUUUAUCACUUUAUAUACGCAAAACACCACUAUUUCUCUGACAUCUUCCAGCAUCCACUGUUAGCUCAGGAUUUAAUCAAUAGAAGCUGAAUUCCAAUGUUCUCUUUGUACUUGCGGACAAUAUGCAAUUCACCUUUUCUCAGCGCGUCCUUGUGGUUAACCUUUUAUACAUGCCGACUCUACCGUUGGUUUGUGUGUACGUGUAGGUGUGUUUCUUUUAUAUAUAUCUCACAAUACGUAAGUGUAACUUAUAAAUAUUGCAACAUGUGUGUAGCAUACAUGUGCGAGGAAGGUCUGAAAUACGCUCGGAAAUUAGAUGUUUAACGUAUGCGUAGACUCCCAUGCGUCUUGUUGUAAAUUAUCGUACGGUAUUGUGGAGCGGUGACGUGGUAGUUCGCACCCUGCACUACGAACCCAGCGGGCUAAGUUUAUUUUGGUCACGGCUAACAUCAGUUACGAGUGAUAUCUGAACCAGUCCUGCCCCCCCCCCCCAACACCCCACUCACUCCUCUCCACCUUCACCAACCCAGAUUGAGCAGCGUGGUUAAGUAUGGUCAAGCAACGACUGAGUCGCCCCAGCGCUUGUGCCAGGCUAGGUGCGCUUCGAGCCUCUCGCGUGAAGUGUCGAAGGUUUGCCCGCUGGCAGGUCACAGGGCAGACCCAGGCGUGAUGCGUUUCACUCACCUCAGAUGGCUUGACAGAUGAUCAGUCUCCCAUUCAGCCAUCGACGUCACGCGGGUAAACACGUCAUUGGCCCCGCCCCUGGCCCUGCUUGGCCCCGAGCUAGAAUCGGUGUCUUGUGAGGCCAGCGUAUCGCAGGGGGUUUUUUUUCCGGCUCGUCAAUUAUACCGUAGAGAGAAGUCCAGCCGUACCGCAAGGGCCCCUCAUUGGCUAAGCUUGGCUUGGUUCUGCGAGUAGAAAAAAAAGGGGAAAUAAAAUUGGUUAAAAUGACCGUGACCAUUUAUUAACAUCUCAUUUUCAGAAAUGUUUUUUUGUAUCUCCACUUCACACAUAUAUAUUGUGUGUGUGUGUGAGCGCGCGUAUGAAUAGAGGCAAGUGCGGUUAGUGAAGGCUUACUAACGCGACGUAUCUCGCUUGCUUACAGGUCACACCUGUGAGCUCUUUGUGUCGUGUGUAUCAUUAACCGUAAUCACUCAUGAUUUGUAAAUAAGGCGAAGCGGUGCCGACGGAUUUGCUCGUGUUGUAUUUAUUGUGGUGGGAUAUGAUUGCUGCUGUACAGAACUGUUAACAUUUGCAUCAAUCAAUAUUCGACAACAUUCGUAGCGUAUGAACAAAACGGGGGUGGGGGGAGCGGUGGCGUGAACGGGG